AUAUUGCAAUAUUUACCACCAGUAUUUCACAGAUUGUUGCCAUUGCUUGCACUUUAUGUAUGUUGCAGAGUUUGCACUGUGUAAUAUUACUGGUGAAUUAAAUUAUCAUACUGUAUAAUACAGUGUCCCAUUGUGAAACAUGUGAAACAUAAUCUACUUAACAACCGGAGUCGUGCUGACCUCAUAUCAAGUUAAAUGGCUAAUUUCACCAUAUACUUCCUGUUUACAUUUCCCAGUUGUCAGCUCUUGCGCCCUCUGCUGAAGGCCCCUGGCACACAAUGCUGUCUCUGCCUACAGCCACCCUGGGUUUGUGUAUGGGCUCUGUGCUAUGUUCAUUCGUGCAUCCAGCAGAGGGAGCACCACAGCAAUGAAAACUAGAGUCAGAUGAUGGGAGGAGGAGGAUCAAGCAAAUAAACCCUUGGGUAACGUGUGCAAAACAAGUGUAAUUCUGGCUACCAUAUCCAGGCCUAAAGAGCACAACACACAUAUUCUGGACUGAAACCUUGUACAAAUACGUCGGUAAGGGCCACACCGGUAUGACCUCACCUGAAACCUGUACAAGCAAGCUACAGUAACGUAAGGCAGAGCUCCUCUUUGUGGGUCAGUGAUGCAGCGGGAGUGACGCAGCAGUGGCAGCAGCCUCCAGAAGGAAACUAUACACAGCAGGAACAAGGAACCUCUGCCAGAGCCAUAGUCCACAGGCAACAUCCAGACAGCAGUGAAGAGGGAAGAUAGUAAAGGCCUAAUCUGGGCCAAAGGAAGAACGGAUCCGGGUAGUCACUCUUCUUCCUCCUCCUAAACAAACAUCAGAGAGACAUCCACAGCGGCAGAGACAGGCCCAGCAGGACCUUCCGCACAGAAACAUUUUGAUGACUGUGGUGUCUCCAUGCACUCAGAACCUGAUGGAUAGUGCUCAUCCUCACACUGUACUUAGCAAACUCGACGAGCAGCGGUCACAAGGCCUCUUCUGUGAUGUUACCAUUGUGGUGGAAGAUGUUAAGUUUCGGGCCCACAAGAAUAUCCUGGCAGCCUGCAGCGGGUACUUCAGAAAUGCUCUUGCAACUCCUGAGACAUGGAGCUCUAGCCAAGUGCUUGAGCUGAUGGACUUGAAGUCUGAGGUGUUUGCCAGUAUCCUCAACUUUAUCUACUGCUCAAAGGUGACAUCGCCUGGUCCAGAGGACACAGGGGGGCUGGUGGCAGCUGGAAAAAGACUUGGAAUUCCUUUUUUAGAGAAGCUUGCAGAACAAGAGAGGCAGGACGAAUGUGUUAAAUCCACAGACCCCAGCACAGACCCAUUGUUUAAAAAAACAAAGAAGGAAGCUCCCAGGCUUGAGGAGAUAGACAGUGCCAAAGGGCCACGCAUCACCAAUGCCUUUUCUAUCACUGAAGUGGGUCCCGGGAACAAUCUUUUCACCCCUCUGGUUCAAACCAGUGAGGAGAGGCAGUCACCAGAUGUGGGACAGCUUCCAUCAAGUUGCCCCAUAACCUCCUGCCUCAAUGGGACCAAUGAGACAACCCAUGCCCUCUCAGAGCACUCCUAUGCAGUGAGCAAAUCUACAGAAGGCACAGAUAGCAGUCAAUGGGACAACAAAAAGGUCUCUAAGCCAGCAAUAUUACAGCCAAAGCAACUCUUUUACAGGAAUGUAGGCCCGCUUAAAAAGCGCCACAGGCUGAGAGGAACUUUGGGUAGAAGUAUACUUCCAACACCAGCUGAACCGCAAGCAGAUAAACCAAAUGCAGUAACCCCCGCAUUACCUGAUGCUGUUUCCGCAGCACCUGUUGCAGUCAUGACACCACCUCCGCUUUUUUCAGAGGCAGAAACAGAAAAAAGUAUAGAUCCAUUGCUACCUAUAACCACUGACAAUGGUCAAAUGGAGUUAGGUCCACCAACCCUUUCCCCUCACACAGAGGACAGCAUUUCAAUCUACGGAUGUGAGCACUGUCCAGAGAUAUUCACAAAUAAAGCUCUUCUCACCAUUCACUCAGAGGUACAUAAAAAGCGUUUUGUCAGCCAUUUGUUUUGCAAGUUUUGUCACAGAAAGUUCAUACACCUCAAACGGCUACGCAACCAUGAGCAGGUGUGUCCCAAAGCUGCAAGAGGCCCGCCUAAACUAGAUGCAACUGACAUAUCAACCAAAGACGUGGACCUUCAUUCAGACGAGAUGCCAGACGCGGAGAGCAUCAUGACACAGCUUCCUUCGGCUGACCUCUCCACCCCUUACACCCCAGAGCCCUUUCAAGUCGAUCAAUCAGAACCUCCACAGGACGAGAGGGUAGUGAGGCCAGGUGGCAGUCAGAGGAGAUACAACUGCAGUGUGUGCAAACGGGUCUAUGUUACCCUAUCCAGUUUGAAGCGGCAUGAGAAUGUACAUUCCUGGCAGAGAGCCUAUCCGUGUCAUUAUUGUAAUAAAGUGUUUGCCUUGGCAGAGUACCGUACUAAGCAUGAAAUCUGGCAUACAGGUGAACGCCGCUAUCAGUGCAUUUUCUGCCUGGAGACAUUCAUGACAUAUUAUAUCCUAAAGAACCAUCAGAAGUCUUUUCAUGGCAUUGAUCCAAGUUUAGCUGUUAAGAAAAAAUCAGCCAAUGGUGGGCUGAAAGCCAGCGUUUAUCCAAUCAAACUCUACAGACUUCUGCCUAUGAAGUUUAGAAAGAGACAAUACAAGACGUACAGUCAGACAUAUUCAGAGAGUGCUGAAAGAGGUGACCAAGCUCCCCCAGAAAGCAACUCUCUUAUCCCUCCAUUUGAAGAAAAUGGUCUGAUCAGCCCUGAUAACCUUUCAUUCCCUUGUACGUUCAUGGCAACGACAAAGAUGGUGGCACCUGUCAUGCCACGCAUCAGCUUUGACAAGCCACGUGACCAAGAUAUUGACCAAAGUCUGAGCAGUGAAUCGGACAUUCAGAGAGGCUCAAGGAAAGAGGUAGAGAAUAGAGAUUCACCCUUCAUUAACUACAACAGUACCUUCUCUUUUCAACCAGAUACAGAGUCUGCAGUGAGUUACAAAGAUCCUCCAGUAGUAAGUAACUCAGAGCACAUCAGUCAUAAUGUGCCAUUCUUUAACUCUUUGAACACUGUUAAAAAGCUAGGCGAGCUAUCAGCAUCUGCAAAAAGAGUCGAGGAGAUGACGAAGGAGAUACUUCAAUCAAGCAAUGAGAAUCUGGGGCGCGAUAAGACGGUGGGGACAAAGACAGAAACAUAUAUUGCCAAACCUGCAUGCCCAGGUCCAUCUGUGGACGGAGCUGCCAUGCCACUCUGUCAGAUAACAGUAAAAAUAGGCAAUGAGGCCAUCAUCCGCCGCCAAAUCAAAGGAUCUAAGCUCUUCCCCAGAAAGAAGAAGAGAAUCAGAAAACUGAGUGAGGAGGAGAGCCCAAGUCAGUGCCCUCCAACAAGGGAAAACUCAGAAAGCCCCAGACUCCGUCUUAGAUCAGAAGUCACUGCCGCUACAGAGCAAGAGACAUGCGAUGAUCCCAAUGACUGUGACACAGCUGAUAUGCUUUGGCGUCCCUACUAUUCUUACAAAGCUAAAAAGAAAAGGAAGAAGUUGAGAUUCAAGCACAAAAAUGCUUUGUUUCACCGUUAUGCUGAAACAUCUGUAGACAGAACUGCUGCCAGUGAGGCCCACCUUGAUAAAAGUAGUUGGCUGACAGAUGAAAGCAUCUCAGGUGGUAGUGGAGAGGUGAAACGCAGUCUUAGCAGGAACUCCAGCCCAAGGACCACCUACAACUGUGACAUCUGUGACAGCUCUUUUAUCACAGAGACCGGGCUCAGAGCUCAUGUUAUUGGUUCCCACCCAUGUUUCUGCCGGACAUGUGGUAAACAAGGUCCCCCUGGUGAGGUACCUGCUGGUGGUGAUUACAUCUGCAACAGCUGUAUGGAAAAUGGCUCCUGCUUUGAUAAUACAGCUCGGAGCCCCAACCCAGAGAAGAAGUAUCGCUGCUCCUUCUGUCCCCAGCGUUUUCUCUACCUUGCCACCAAGAGAAGCCAUGAGAAAAAACACCAGGAGGCCAAUGAGGAGGGAUAUACUUAUGACAACUUCAAACCAUGUUCUAAAUACUCAGCACACCUGAGUGAAGACAAUAACAAAGACACCAUCAAAACAGAAGACAGUGACAAUCAAGGGGGCCCUGACAUUAAAAGUGAAAGGCUGGAAGGCGGACAUUUUUCCAUUGAUAAAAUUAAGCCUAAAAUCGAGGAUACAGCUGACUAUAUGUCUUUGACUACCUACCAAGACAUGUCAUAUUCCAACGUUAAAACUCCGUUAUCACCCUGCACUGAUCCAUUGCUUUCCCUGCCACCUUCGAAAGUGAAACAUAAAAUGCCGAAAAAAAGGAUCAGUGCACAGAAUACUAUGCAUCUCAUCCCAAAAAAGCAAGCCCGCGACAGAGACAGCAGCAGGGAUAUUUUGAUGGGGCCAAGAACAACCAGUCACAAUGACCGUGAGAAGUCCUGUAAACUGUUUAGGAGAAAUGACUCUGAAACUAAGGGUACCCACAUUUCUAUACACAAGCCAGAGAAAUGGGUGUGUAAAGAGGAGCCAUUUUUUUAAAGCUCUUUGAGAACUAUGGACAUCAAUGAGAGAAAGUGAAACUUAACUUCAAACCACUGCUUUGGUUAAGAAAUGUAAGAGUUGUAAUGAUGAGCUCAAUAAAAUGACAGCAUUAAACAUGAGGAUCUGAUAUCAGUGCAGGCUGUAAUUUCCUCCCUCUUAAACUCACUGACUGAGUUGUUUUUCACCUUUGUAGAAGAUAUUUUUUGGAUAAUAUAGGACCUUCUGACACAGACUGUACUUUGUCCAUUGUCUAUGCAUUUAUGGCAGACUCAGUGACAUGACUGUAACCUCAAGAAAAUACAUGAAUGUUGGUAACGUUUCUUUAAACGGUGUGCAAUUUCAGAACAGGGGUGUGUUUGACUGUGGUAACAUCUUUUUUAACACAUGCCUGGGGAAAACAAUAUAAAUUUUACGACUGUCAUAUUUCUGAAUCUCCCAUUCAGUUAACUGGCCAUGGUGAGUUGCACUUUAUAGGUAGACUAUGCUAAUCUGUGGGUUAAAUACUUUGAUAAUUCAAUUUUAAGCACCAUUGAUAUAAAUCUAAUUUAUAAUUAACACAUGGCACCAUUGAGAUUAGAGUUACUACUUUUGUGUGCUUAUGUAAAAAAAAACA